AUGGUUGACGCCAUAGGAUUCUUACGGUUUCACUACACCAAAGACGAUCAACGAGAAGACAAGAAUGUAAAGUCUUUAUAUCGACUUUCAGGUGGAUUAGAAUUAAAUGGAUGCAUAAUGACG